GUUCAAUUUUAAACAACCGACAGUGAUUACAUAUCCCCCCAUAAACCUAAGCCUAACAAUGAAAUCGUUCACCGUUGCCGCUGUUGCCUCCACCUUGGCCCUUUCUGCUAAUGCAGGUUUGGCUCCCGUUGCUGGUCCCUAUACUGCUGCUGCCUAUGCUGCUGCUCCUUAUGCCGCCGCUCCUUUUGCUGCUCCCGCUCACUUGGCCGCUGCUCCUUACUUUGCUGGCCCAACUGCUUACUCUGCUCCUUUGGUGGCCAAGAGUUUUGCUGCUGCCCCAGCUUUUGCUGCUCCAGCUCCCUACUACAGUGCCGCCCCAGCUCCCUAUGUAGCUGCUGCCCCAGCACCUUAUGUUGCCGCUCCCGUGGCUAAGACCUUUGCUGCUGCCCCAGCACCCUAUGUAGCUGCUGCCCCAGCUCCCUAUGUGGCUGCUGCCCCAGCUCCCUAUGUGGCUGCUGCUCCAGCUCCCUAUGUGGCCGCUGCCCCAGCUCCUGUCUUGGCCAAGACUGUUGCCGCUCCUUUGGCUGCCCCUGUAGCCGCUCCUAUAGCUGCUGCCCCCGUCGCCGCCCCCAUUGUGGCCAAGGCUGCCUUCGUUGAACCCGAAAUUGUUGAUGCCCAUCCCCAAUACAAGUUCGCCUACGAUGUCCAAGACACUUUGACCGGUGACUCCAAGACCCAGGAAGAGACCCGUGAUGGUGGUGUUGUCCGUGGCUCCUACUCCCUCAUUGAACCCGAUGGUUCCCGUCGUACCGUCAACUACUAUGCCGAUGAUAUCAAUGGCUUCAAUGCUGUCGUUCAAAAGGAUGUGCCCGUCGCCGCCGCUCCCGUUGUGGCUGCCCCAGCUGCCGUUGUUGCCAAAACCGCCUUUGCUGCCCCCAUUGUUGCCUAAAUGAAACAACGUCUCCGCCUUUGAACUAAUGUAGUGAUAGUAGUGAUGCAUGCCAUGACACCUAACCAUUAUCAUCAUCAUCAGACUCCAGUACCUUUAGAAAAUUUUGAAUAUUUCUUGCCAGAAAUAUUUUCAAUUUUGAACAUUUUCGGUUCUUCUACAUUCCAUCUUUGGUUAUGUAACAUAUUACCCAAAGGGCCAUUUUGCUCCAGUGUUUCUCAGUCCAGGAUGCUGUUGAACAGGAAUGCAUUCGGUUGAACGAAUUUCAUUUGUAAAUACUUCUUAGAAAAAAAAAACAUUGUCGUGUCGUUGUAAAAUUACUUUCAUCACUAAAAGACC